CGCGCCCCUCCCCGCGCCCCGCCCCGCCGCGGUGCGGCCGGUGCUGGGCGAGGCCGGAGAAAGUCCAUGUGAGCCGGAGCGCGGGGACGCCUGCACUUCCUGCCGCCGCAGGCCGGACCGGGCCGGGCGCCCGCAGAUGUGUCCCGCUUGGGCCGCCCCGUGCUGAGAGUCCGAGGCGUGCCCGCUCGCACCCACCCGCCAUGUCCCAGAUGCUGCACAUCGAGAUCCCCAACUUCGGGAACACUGUGCUCGGCUGCCUCAACGAGCAGCGUCUGCUGGGCCUGUACUGUGAUGUGUCCAUCGUGGUCAAGGGCCAGGCCUUCAAGGCCCACCGGGCUGUCCUGGCCGCCAGCAGCCUCUACUUCCGCGACCUGUUCAGCGGCAAUAGCAAGAGCGCCUUCGAGCUGCCGGGCACGGUACCGCCCGCCUGCUUCCAGCAGAUCCUGUCCUUCUGUUAUACGGGCAGGCUGACCAUGGCGGCCAGCGAGCAGCUCGUGGUCAUGUACACGGCCGGCUUCCUGCAGAUCCAGCACAUCGUGGAGCGUGGCACGGACCUCAUGUUCAAGGUCAGCUCGCCCCACUGCGACUCACAGACCGCCGUGAUCGAGGAUGCCAGCCCCGAGCCCCAAAGCCCCUGCACCCAGCUGCAGCCAGCCGCCGCGCCCCCUUAUGUGUCCCCCUCUGUGCCCAUCCCGCUGCUGACCCGAGUGAAGCACGAGGCCGUGGAGCUGCCACCCGCUGCCGGCCUGGGCCUGGCCCCCAAGCGCCCACUAGAGACGGGGCCCCGGGAUGGCGCCACUGUGCUGGCGGGUGCUGGGGCGGUGGCGGGCGCGGCCCCUCUCAAGCUGCCCCGGGUCUCCUACUACGGGGUGCCCAGUCUGGCCGCCCUCAUCCCCAGCACCCAGCCGGUGCCCUACUCCCAGGGGGAGCGGACCAGUCCGGGGGCCAGCAGCCUGCCCACCACCGACAGCCCGACCUCCUACCACAACGAGGAGGAUGAGGAGGAUGAUGAGGCCUACGACACCAUGGUGGAGGAGCAGUACGGCCAGAUGUACAUCAAGGCCACCGGCAGCUACGCAGUGCAAGAGAAACCAGAGCCAGUGCCGCUGGAGAGCCGCUCCUGCGUCCUCAUCCGCCGCGACCUUGUGGCCCUGCCUGCCAGCCUCAUCAGCCAGAUCGGGUACCGCUGUCACCCCAAGCUCUACUCUGAGGGGGACCCUGGUGAGAAGCUGGAGCUGGUGGCAGGCUCCGGGGUGUACAUCACGCGGGGCCAGCUGAUGAACUGCCACCUGUGCGCGGGGGUGAAGCACAAGGUCCUGCUGCGGCGCCUCCUCGCCACCUUCUUCGACAGGAACACGCUGGCCAACAGCUGUGGCACAGGCAUCCGCUCAUCCACCAGUGACCCGAGCCGCAAGCCGCUGGACAGCCGAGUCCUGAAUGCUGUGAAAUUAUACUGCCAGAACUUCGCCCCCAGCUUCAAGGAGAGCGAGAUGAAUGUGAUCGCCGCGGACAUGUGCACCAACGCCCGCCGCGUGCGGAAGCGCUGGCUGCCCAAGAUCAAGUCCAUGCUGCCUGAGGGCGUGGAGAUGUACCGCACGGUCAUGGGCUCCGCGGCCGCCAGCGUGUCCCUGGACCCUGACUUCCCGCCCGCCGCGGCACAGGUAUUCGAGCAGCGCAUCUACGCCGAGCGGCGGGGCGACGCCGCCACCGUCGUGGCUCUGAGGACUGACACCGUGAACGUCGACCUGAGCGCCACCGGGGCUGCCUUCGAAGCCGGCGAGGAGGCAGACGGGGCCGGCUCGGUCAUCCAGGAGGUGGCCGCGCCCGAGCCACUGCCCGCCGAUGGCCAGAGCCCCCCGCGGCCCUUUGAGCAGGGCGGCGCCGGCUCCAGCCGGCCACAGACGCCGGCCACGGCACGAAGACCGGAGGGCGCAUAUGCCGGGGCCUUGUAGAGCGGAGCCGCGGGCCGUGCUAGAGCAGCUUGCAUGCGUUACUAACACAGACAAAUGUGAUCGAGCCACUUACCUACCGAACUGCUGCUGUUGCCUGAAAAAAAUGUGAUUUUUAUCCUGCUUGUAUUUAAAACUUAUGAAGGAAACAAAUGCAUCCAUUCUACUGUAAACGAUCAGGCCACUGGCCACUAGUUGCAAGGCGGGUCCCAGGGCUGCUCCUCAUACCCGAGAGGCUAGUCUCCGAGCCGCAGCCUUCCCGCCCCCUGGGGAGCAGGCCAGAGCCCUGGCACCCAGCCCCGCCUGCCCUGCCCCCCCAGGCCGGGGGGAGCCCGGGUCCUGUGUGGGGCGCGGGCUCCCACCCAUGGGCCCUGGACGCCCCUCUCGGAGAGCGAGCUGGGCUGGGCCCCCGGGGCACCGUCUCCUUGUUUUUCCCUCCUCGGGAGCCCCGGGGUCAGGCCUGCCAGCCCGCUGCGGGCAGGGGUGAGUGUGAGAGCGGGAGCCGGCAUGUGGGGGAGCAGCGGAACGGCACGGCGACAGGCCUCGCUUGACUUGGGGGGUGUUACCGACUCAUCUGCUGCCCCACCCAGCUGGUGGGUCUGCCCAUCCCUGAGGCCCCCCAGCCCCGUGGUGCGCCUGGACCCCAGGGGUUCGGCUACCCCCUGAGCGCCCUCUGGCCCCCUCCUGGCCCCGCCGUCCUGUGUGGGUGGCUGCCGCCCUGGCACAGCCCGCAGCCACAUUGGGAUUACGUUUGUUGAUUUCUGUCUUCAGAUUUAUUUCAUAUAUAAUGUGGAAACUUUCAGACCCAAAAGAGCAAAAAGUUAAGGAGGACUGAGUGUCCCCCUGACCCCGGGCCACAUCGCACUCCCCUCCUGUGGGAAGUAGGGGUCCCAGGGAAGUGCCGCCAGGCUGUGUGAUGGAGGCACGGGCGCCCGGCUGGGUGGGGCCAGACGGCCUGGAGCAGGGUCCCCUCGGUGUUGGGCUCCUCCUGGUGGUGCUCCAUGCCCUGCGGUGCACACGCCUGGGGGUGGGGUGGGGGGAAAGGCCUGUUUGCAGGAGGCACCAGGGGCAGCAGUGUGGAGGCUGUAAAUUGGGAGGCAGUAAGGAAGGCCUGUAGAGGUCGGUCGUCUGAGGCUAGAAUGUUCACAUGCUGUUCGUGGGGUGGGCACAGGUUGUGUGAGAUGCCUUAGUCCAGGGGCUGCCUUCUUCCUGGGUCCCAGGAGCCCCCAGGCAUGGCUGAAGACACGCCCUCCUUCCCAGGCUUGAAGGGGCUGUAGCUUCCUCCUCUGGGCCAGCACUCUGGCCCCAGCCCGGGUGUGCACAGGACCCUCAAAGCUGGGCCUCCUACAGCUGCAGGACCGCCUGUGGGGUCCCAGCAGGGCACAGCCUGGAGAGGGGCAGGGGGCUUAGGUCCUCGCUUUGGGUCCUCAUUCCUGCUGUCCGCCACCCUCCCUUGUGUGGAGGGCCUUGGGGUAGACCUCGAGCCAUGUGGAGGUGGGGUCCCCUUCCCAGCCCGGAUUCAGCCCUCCAGGCCCCCCUCCUGCCAGGCCAAACAUGUACCUGCCCUCCAGAAAGAUCUGAUGCCUUCUGAAAAGGGGCGGGGGACCUCAGGUGGGCCCAUGGAGCUGACCUCAGCCCCUCUACCACCUGCCCUGCCCAAGUGCAGGGAGGUCCGAGCCCUGUGCUGCGGGCCUGAAUGGGCUUCUUGCCAGUCACCAGCCUGGAGGCAGGUCCCUCUGCCCUUGCGUCUGGCCCUGCCGGUGGGGUGUGAGUGCCCUGUGCUGGGGCCCAUGGCCACUUGGGCCCAGGACCACAUCCUCCCCUGGAGUCCUCAGGUGGCCACAGGUGGCAGAGGGGGUGGUGGGUGAGGUUGACCGCCACCCAUCUCUCUGCAGGUCCCCUUUGCCCCCCACCCAAAUUUGCACUUUAAUUUGACCACCCUGGGGAGCGGCCACCCACUCUCCCUCUCUUCACUCCAAAGUGGGCCCAGCCCCUCCCUGAGGCCAGGACGGGGUUGGGGAUCUGGCCCAGUGGGGGUGGGGGCGGUGGCCACACAGAGAGGGCCUGACCGCCGCUCGGGCCAGCACAAUAUCCCGUGACCUCUGUCCCUUAACUGUUUGUUUUGUUGUACUGGGUAAGGAAGGUAAGCUGUGGGUGUAACUAGUAACAAUUAAAUGUGAAUGGGUUCUGAGCUCUCCCUGUGCCCGGCGGGCCAGGCCGAGCGUUUUGCACUACUGUGUCCCGCGGGGGCGUGGUCGGGGCGCUGACAGUGGCCGUGGCCGAUGACUGUGCCUGCCGGGCGCCCUCUGCGCACCGGGCCUGGGCUCAGAGGGCCUUCCAGAGUGCCUUACCAUCCUUUGAUCAUUUUUCCCUAGGAAAACCGAUUUAAAGAACCGGACCCUCCCCUCCUCUGUUUACAAGAUGACUAAUUCCUGUCCUGUGAGCGUGAUCCUGACUCACCCAGACCCUGUAGACCGAGAGACAAGCCACUCAGUAUUUAUGAGAUGUCUGCACCUUUACUCCUAAGCUUGACUAGUAGCAAUAUGCAUAUACUACAUAGAGUCUAUUAUAGAGCUAAGUUAUAGCAGCACCUUGUCAAGGAGGAGACGAGGGACCCAGCCCCGCUGGUGCUGGGCGGUGGCCUGGGACCCAGCAGCCCUCCCCAGCGGACGCGAUUUGCCGCAGAAGGCAGCUGGGACAGUGCAAAAGGUCCAGAGGAAGGGCCGGGAGGGUGACAGAUACUGUGAGCUUGCGGGGCCCGCCUGGCCGGCGUGCCUUGGUACUUGAAUUCUGACUGUUUGCUGCACUGUGUCUGGUUCGUCCAGAGUUCUCUGUGGUUGCUUGACUUUGUGUUUGGUUCAGUGUCUUACCUGGCCCCAGGGGUGGACGCAGCUGUGAACAGCGGCAGGGGAGGCACAGUGGAGUGUGCAGCCUGCAGCCCUGCCCGCGCCGUGGUGCUGGGCGCUGGACUGCGGCUCUGGGACCUGGGCCCGUUUCUCCUUCCAGAAAACUCUCUGUCUCUAGAGCCGGGAGGAAGGCUGAGGUGUGGCCCGGGAGGGGCCUGCCCCAUGCUCUGUGGGCACUCUGGUGUGCCUGGCCCUGCCCUGUCCCCAUUUAAUGGCUGGAGCUUUGUAGCACACGCCCACUCCAGCCCCAGCGGAUUACUGCUUAGAUUCCCCUAGAUGGGUUAUUUUUAUGGAAAUAUCUUGAUGCAAGUGGAAAAAGGCCUAUGGCCCAUUAACCAACUGAAAACUCAGAGAAAACCUCUGUUUACCUCUGCCAGCAGUAAACCCUAAAUGCAGAACGGAGAGUUCACAGCUGUCUUGAGCUUUAACUACUGUUUCGGAGUGUUGCUUUUCCACAAAUCCAUCAUCAUGUCAGCCAGCCAGCUCUGAGCGUGCCACCCGCCUGCGGCCGGAGACCAUUAGGGCUGGGAACAAGAUGUUUCUAACAUGGCAAAGGUUUUGGGGUUUUGUUUGUUUGUUUUGUGUCUUUGAAAAAAAGGAGAAUUAUGCAGAAUCUAAAGCAUUCAGAUUGGACAACCUGCUUGAAUUCUGAUCAGUUGCUUCAUUGUUAGCAUUUUGCACACGAUCGUAAUUUUUAUGUCAAAAGAAGCCAAAACUUGCAAUACUAUUUUUAGCAGACAACAACAAAAAGAACUAAAUAUAAAAUCUAUAAAUAUUUUUGACUUGAACGUUUGGAUGGUAACAGGCGGACCGUUCCUCCUUUGGGUGGAAUGCUUGUAGAAGAGCUGCAGAGGGAGCCGGCGGCCGGAGUCUAGCGAGGGGCUAAGCGGCACUGCUGGUCACGACUGUUAAAUAAACAUGUAACCUGCGCUGUCCCCGUGCUGUACAGAGGACACUUGUUUCAUGGUACCACUGUUCCCUGCAGGCCCAGAAGAUGCUGUAGCAUUUUUUUUUCCCCCCGAAGGAGGAAUUCUUUGUUCUUCCGGGUCCUCACUCCCUUGGUGCCACAAUGGCAGAGUCAAGACCGUUGCUUUCUAGCCAAGGCUGACGCUGUAUCAAUAACUCGACCUACAGAGGCAUCCACCCGCGAGCAGGAAGCGGGCUCCUAGCCUGCUCAGAGCCGAUUCAUAAGGUGGAAAUCCGUUUCGAACAAACAGGAUGUGAUCGUUAAUUGUAAAGCGCUUUGUAAAAUUCACAUUUACAGAAUAAUAAAGUCAGUUCAAACCCAA